AUGUGCACAGAAAAAGGUGAGUACUGCUGGAAAUGCUCUGAUACUGGCACCUACACAGCAGGUGACGAGUACCAAGAGAACCUCAACAGCGUCCUCUCUUCCUUUUCCUCCAACACCCAAAACAAUUCCGGGUUUUACAGUUCAUCCAGGGGACAAGACUCCAACAAGGUCAAUGCAAUUGCAUUAUGCAGAGGAGAUCUCUUACAGGACUCUUGUCAGGCUUGUCUCAACGACUCUACUCAUAGUCUCUUGCAAAAUUGUUCAACUCAAAAGGAAGCAAUCAUAUGGGCAGAGCGUUGUAUGGUGAGAUACUCAUACAACUUGAUAUUUGGUAUUGAACAAACGGACCCUUUUCAGCUUUUGCCUAGCCCAAACUAUCCUAAAAAUCCUGAACAGUUUGAGCUGGUGCUUACCCCCUUGUUGGGUAUUUUAAGGGACAGAGCUGCGUCAGGGAAUUCUCUUCAAAAAUUUGCAGCAGGGCAUGCACCUGUCCCUGGAGAUGAAACAAUAUACGCGCUUGCUCAGUGCACUCCAGACAUGGACAAGAAAAACUGCAGCAAUUGCCUUAACAAGACCAUCUUAGAUAUGUUGCCGUGGAAGGAAUGGAGGAAGAGUCCUUAA